GGUCUGAAUCAAUCUAAAUUAAGAGUAUUACAAUUUUCUUUGCUUCGUCCACCCGCCUUCGGAUCCGAGCCCUCGUCGUCUCGUCGAGUCUCCUCCCACGCAUUUCCUAUUUCUCUUUCUAAAUUUUGCAAAAUUUGGAGUUUAUAUUUCUGGGUUCGUUUUGUUCUCUAGUUUCAAGACAGAGGAGAAACCAGAGAGGCCCGACUGGGUAUGGAAUUCCACGCAUCGCCCGGAAUUCCAGAAUCCCAGCUGCUUAACUUGUAAACCCUAGAUACAGAGAUCGGAUAUACAGAUUGAUGUGCAUGCUUCCAUUUAGAUUCAUAUAGCCCAUAUCUAUAUACAAAGAAACUUUUGUAUAGAGUGGAAAAAAAAAUCAAGAUAUUUGUCUUCUUGAUUUCAAUAUGCACAGAUCCGGUGCUGUAAUGGCGUGGAACGUUUUCAAGUUUUGUACGGCUCUACGUGGGCUUGGGUCUAUAAUGAUCUUAUUGGUCCUCGGCGUUGUCGGAGUCACGUAUUAUGCCGUCGUCAUUACCAAUUACGUCCCGGCUUUGUACGACGGUGGUCUUGAUUCCAUCACGGCUCUUGCUGUCUUGAUCUUGUUUCAUGGCCUGUUGGUGAUGCUGUUGUGGAGCUACUUUUCCGUUGUUUUAACCGAUCCUGGCAGUGUUCCACCAAACUGGAGGCCAACCUUAGAUGAGGAAAGAGGAGAAAACGACCCAUUAACGGGUAUAGAGUUUGGUGCCGCAGGUGCAGGUCUGCAGCAAUCAGCUAUGCUGCCUGACCCAGCAAAUCCAAGAUUCCGGUACUGCCGGAAGUGUAACCAGCUGAAACCACCUCGAUGCCAUCAUUGCUCCGUUUGUGGGAGGUGUGUCCUGAAAAUGGACCAUCAUUGCGUGUGGGUCGUCAAUUGUGUUGGGGCAUUAAACUACAAGUAUUUCCUUCUUUUCUUGUUCUACACGUUUCUUGAGACAACUUUGGUCACCUUAUCAUUGUUGCCACAUUUCAUAGCAUUCUUUAGUGAUGGAGAAAUACCUGGAACACCAGGAACUCUUGCAACCACUUUUCUCACAUUUGUUUUAAACUUAGCAUUUGCAUUGAGUGUGAUGGGAUUUCUGAUCAUGCAUAUAUCACUGGUUGCUGCUAAUACCACCACUAUUGAGGCAUAUGAGAAGAAGACCACUCCUAAAUGGCGUUAUGACCUUGGUCGCAAGAAGAACUUUGAACAGGUGUUCGGGACAGACAAGAGAUACUGGUUUAUCCCUGCAUAUUCAGAAGAGGAUUUAAGACGGAUGCCAGCACUUCAGGGUCUAGAGUAUCCAUCAAAUCCUGUUUUGGAUGCCCAAGAGUACUAACGGUGAAGUAGUAGCGCAAUUUGUGGAACUCCAGAACUGUUUCCUGUAACAACAUAUCUGGCCCUCCCUUCCCCCAAACAAAAGAAGAAACAUCUAUAAACAGAUGGUGCACAUUGUUGGGCAUGGGUUCCAUCUAUUCCCGGACAUCGGAUUUUGCAAUCAUCAGCAACGAAUAAACUUCAGCGCCCAAAAGGGAAUUUCUCAGCUCAGGUAGUGCGGUUAGGACAGAGGGGGGGUUAAGAGCGAAGAAGGGAAAUAGCUUUACGGGAUGGUGCUUCUUCAUGUAUCAACUGUAAAAGUUGGUGAUUUUGUGGGACUUGGGAAAUAUUAUUAUUGUAAAAGAAGGGAUGCACAUUCCAUAGUUUACUUGUAUGUGUUGUAUGUUUUAUUGUAGCUAAUCUUGGCGACCUGGCAACACGUAAAGAUGAUCAGUUUUACUUCUC